AUGGCGCCCAGCUCGGAAAAGAAACUCGUGGUGGUCAUUGGCGGUACCGGCAUGGUCGGUGGUUCAGUGGCGCUCUCCCUGCAAGGAAACCCCCAAUUCUAUGUACGCCUGACCACUCGAGAUCCAUCAGGGCCCAAAGCACAACGCCGCAUCCAACAGGGCUUUGAGGUUGUCAAAGCAGACUCGUGGAAUGCUGCUGAGCUGGACGCUGCUUUCAGGGGCGCCUAUGCAGUUUUCCUCAACACAGACUCAGACGACAUCAACUUCAAGAAUGAAGUCGGCCCUCCUGAGUCUGCUAUGGGAAAAAUUGUUAUUGAUGCUGCGACUCGACAGGGUGUUAGGCACUUUAUCUUUCAGUCACUUCCCCAGGCCAAUAAAAUGACCAACGGCGAAGUUUCUAUCGUGUCUUUUGACAACAAGAACGCCAUAGCCGAUUAUGGACGAAAGGCCGGGUUCAUAUCUUUCGUUGAAGUCAACCUUGGCUGGGCCAUGGAUAUCUUUUGGAUGGAAACCUAUGGCAAGGCCUUUGGCGGGUUUGCCACCAUUCCGGACAAAGACGGCUUCCUUACACUGAGGCUUUUCCCGAUGGAAAGGGUUCCUUGGUCUUCAGUCCGCGACGACUACGGCGACGUCGUUCACGGUGUUCUUCUUGACCCAUCCACAUACAACGGUCAGGGAAUCUGGGCCAUAUCAGACCAUACGACAUUCCAAGAUGUCGCGGAUGCAUAUAACCGCGUCACGAGCACGCAGGUCGCGCGGUACAUGCCAGAGCUUGAGCCGCUCAAGGCGGCUACACCAGGAAAGACGAAAGAGGUAAAUGGUCUGCGCAACUACUGCACAUAUAUGAAAGGAAAGUACUGUAAUGGGCAGGUCACAAACGACGAAUUGCUGAAGCAAGGACGUCGACUGAAGGAGAUUGGGGCGCGGGCGAGUGGACGCACUGGAAAAGAUGUUCAGUUGCAGACCAUUGAGGGCUUUAUUCGUGCAUACGGUCCAUCCAAGGCCUCCAUCAAACUCUAG